GCCAUGCUGCGCCAUGUCGCGCCAUGUCGGCCUUGGCUGCGCUGCUGUGGCGGCCUGGCUCUGGCGGCCGCGAAGACGCAUCGGCUGCUGCUCUUCUGGGCGGAUGGGCAGAUUGAAAAGAAGGAAGGAACUUCCAAGGAGCUCAUGCUCCUCUUCGGCCUCACUGCACGAGAUGUGCGACUCUUUGGUACGAAAGGGGCACAUCUGUCCAUUCGACCUGACUACUUCAUGUUCCGCUUGCCGCCAUUCACAGGCUGCGUCUGGAGCGACUCGGUGAUGAUUCUGAACGAAGGCAGCGGCCGUGCGGCCGAGCUCUUCAGCAGGUGCCUGCAAAGAGAACUGGCAUCUCCAAAAGGUGCAAAGACGCCUUUCGAAUUCCGCGUAUUGGAGAUGGCGCUGCGAGAGAGCUUCGUCGAAAAGAAGGACCGUUUCACACGUUUGGCUGCCUUGAUCGAAUCCGCGUUGCGGCUGCGUUCGGCAACUCGGCUCCG